UAAAAAAAAAAACUAAAAGUUUAUGUUACCUUCUUAUCACUUAUCAGUGUGAAACUUGAAACUUUACAACUGUAUUUACUUGUAAAAUAAUAGAGUUUAUGUCCCUAUGUUUUUGUAAGAAAUAAUACUAAGAACGUGAAUCUGAAAAUUUCUUCACUUUUUUUAAUUAACCUGUUUCACUGUACAUAGAUUUAUAAUUAAAUUAUGUUCCUUGUUUAUUAUCAUGAUUCAAAGUUCGGUCUAUGAACUUUGAAGUGAAUUUAUCAAUGGGCUAACAACAAAGGUUCAUUGUAUAUAAUUAAUUAAUUAACUAAUCAUAACAUUAGUGUUAUUGAAAUGAAAGUUAUUAAGGAAUGGUUCAUCGACGUCCAAUGGGGAAAAAUAGCAUUAAUAUCCUGGGGUACCGAGGGAGGUGAACCGGUGCUGCUGAUGCAUGGUCGUCAAGACAGUGCUGCCACCUUUUUCCCACUGCUGGCAUUGCUGCCUGAUGUGUACCACUAUGUGGGGUUAGAUCUGCCAGGGCACGGGAUGUCUGAUGGAUUCCCUAUAGGUGUGGCGAUAACGAGAUUUAUGAAUGUAGUAGCAUUGGAUGCAGUUAUCAAACAUCUAGGAUGGAAACACUUCACUUUUAUUGGACAUUCUCUAGGAGUCGAGUUAGGUCUAUUCUACAAUGCAAUAUACCCAAACCAAAUAAAGAAAUUCAUCAUAUUCGACCCUGCUUCGUCCCUCCAAAGAAUAGUAAUCCAAGAUUUUCCAAAAUUUUACUAUUACUACAACAAUUACUAUGAAAACUAUAGUAAAAUAAAUAACAAUGACCGUGUGUACAGCAAGCAAAAUGCCUUGAAAGCUGUGAUGAAUGCAAGGAGUAUGACUGAGAGUCAGGCUGAACUGAUACUGUCUCGGAAUCUGAAGAAAAUUGGAGAUGAUCAGUAUAGAAUGUCCUGGGACCUAAGGACGAGACUAAUGCCGCCAACAAUCUUCCCCCCGGAAUAUUAUUUCCAAUUAUUUUCCAAAAACUGCCCCCCCACUUUAUGCAUAAACGCCACAAAAAGCUUGGACUUCUAUGUGGAUGGGAAAGAAACCGUAAACAAACUACUAGCAGACUUGGAGAAAACUGUGAAAAAUUUCACUAUUAUAAGGGUGGAGGGUAACCAUGAUUUCCAUUUUUUGCAUCCUGAAAGGAUAAGUGAAAACGUGUGUUCAUUUUUGGAAAAAGAUUUUGGGGAUACAAAAUCUAAACUUUAAAGGCCGAUUCACACCAAUUGCGUACACGUGACACGUGCUUAGUGACGCGUGUAAACCCCUAACAUACCGGGUUACGCAUACGUCCACGCUUUACGCAAGCGGUGUGCCAUGUUUCAUUCCAUUCAUUACACUUCCAUACAUUUCAACGCAAUGGUACGCGCUACGUCUACGCUUACGCAGCCUGUGUGAACGAGCUAUAAGAGAGACCGCUUACUGCGGCCGCAUCAUCUUUUAUCCCUUUUUUAUCCCGGAAAAUUAGAGUUCUUUGACUCUUAGAGUCUCGCGUAUGAAGGGUUCCGUACUAUUGUACAAGAUAUACCUAACACUUUUAUCUAGAACACUGCAAGUUGAUGACGGACU